UGUCGAACCAAUAUCAGACUUUCUCGCUCAAAAAAUGAAACACCUGAUAUGAUUAUCAGUUACUUGGACAUUACCGAAAUGGUAUAUAAUUCUUUGACUUCUUUAAAUAACACUGACGAAUUUUAUGAAAAAGAAAAUGAGGAAUUAGAGUUGGAAUUUAAUGUUGAGUUGUCGUCUCUUCUUGAUGCAAUUUCAGAUGAGGAAUUGCAAAAAGAAAAUAUUGACUUUGAAAUUGGCCGCC